AUGAUGCGUCCCAACCGCGGCUUCAUCCUGCUCCUCCUCAACGGAACCGCUUGUUUGGUGGUGAUGGGCCAAGAAGACGACUCAUCCAGUUCCAAGAGCUCGUCGGACUCGUCCAAAACGGUGGGCCUUCUGCGAGGGCAGGCUUCCCUCUCCCCCCUGAGCCGCUGGAUGCAGCACAGCAAGAGCAGAGUGGCUAACACCACCUCGCUGGAGCUGCCAUAUCGCUCCCCGCUCCCUUUCGCCAAGCAGGAGUUUUCCAAACAGGAGUUCUGGGAGAUGUUGGGCAGUGACCUGCUUAAGCCUGACACCUCCAGCUCCCGGGUCAAACGCCGGCCCAUCGUUAAGACCGGCAAGUUCAAGAAGAUGUUCGGCUGGGGAGACUUCUACUCCAAUAUCAAAACCGUGAGGCUUAACCUGCUGAUCACUGGCAAGAUCGUGGAUCACGGUAACGGCACGUUCAGCGUCUACUUCCGGCACAACUCGACGGGCCAGGGCAACAUCUCGGUCAGCUUGGUUCCACCCGUCAAGGCGGUGGAGUUCGACCUGGAGCGCCAGAGUGUGGUUUACCCCAAGGACUCUAAGAUCUUCAACUGCCGUGUGGACUACGAGAAGGUGGAUCGAAGCAAGCGCACCUCGCUGUGCAACUACGAUCCAUCCAAGACCUGCUUUCAGGAGCAGAUCCAGAGCCACGUGUCCUGGAUCUGCUCCAAGCCAUUCAAAGUCAUCUGCAUCUACAUUUCCUUCUACAGCACGGACUAUCGCUUGGUGCAGAAAGUUUGCCCGGACUACAAUUACCAUAACGAGAUGCCAUACCUGCCGUCAGGUUAG